GUCUCUUCACACUCCUGGUCGAAGAUUUUGGGGUCAAGGGAGUGCAGGUUGAAGAGAUUUAUGAUCUGCAGAGCAAAUGCCAAGGCCCUGUCUAUGGGUUCAUCUUCCUCUUCAAGUGGAUUGAGGAGCGCAGAUCACGCCGGAAGGUCUCUACCCUGGUGGAUGAGACGUCGGUGAUUGACGAUGACAUCGUUAAUAACAUGUUUUUUGCUCACCAGCUGAUCCCCAAUUCCUGUGCCACCCACGCCCUGUUGAGCGUCCUCCUGAACUGCAACAAUGUCGACCUGGGCCCCACGCUGAGCCGCAUGAAGGAUUUCACCAAAGGAUUCAGCCCUGAGAGUAAAGGCUAUGCCAUCGGCAAUGCUCCGGAGCUGGCCAAGGCCCACAACAGCCAUGCCAGGCCGGAGCCACGGCACUUGCCGGAAAAGCAGAACGGUAUCAGCGCUGUGCGAACCAUGGAGGCUUUUCAUUUUGUCAGUUAUGUCCCCAUCAAGGGACGGCUCUUUGAGCUGGAUGGGCUGAAGGUCUACCCCAUUGACCACGGGCCGUGGGCUGACGACGAGGAAUGGACAGACAAAGCCAGGAGAGUAAUCAUGGAGCGCAUCGGCCUGGCCACUGCAGGGGAGCCGUACCACGACAUCCGCUUCAACCUGAUGGCGGUGGUGCCCGAUCGGAGGAUGAAGUAUGAGUCCAAACUGCACAUCCUGAAGAUGAACCGCCAGACUGUGCUGGAGGCCCUGCAGCAGCUCAUCCGAGUAACUCAGCCUGACCUGAUCCAGACCCAGAAGUCUCAGGAUUGUCAGCCUCCCGAAGAUGCAAAGCCAGCCAGCAGCAAGACCAUGACUCCAGAGAGCACCCAUCCAGACGGCACCGAUGAUCCCAGCAGCCAGGGCCACACUGCAGCCACGCAGAGUCCACCCAACAAAUCCAAACUAGUGGCAAAGACGUCAGCGAGCAGUAUCAACGGGGCGCCUCCAGCAAACCCCAACCCCAUCGUGCAGAGGCUGCCAGCCUUCCUGGAUAAUCACAACUAUGCCAAGUCCCCCAUGCAGGAGGAGGAAGACCUUGCAGCAGGAGUGGGUCGCAGCCGGGUCCCAGUCCGACAGCACCAGCAGUAUUCAGACGAUGAGGAUGACUACGAUGAUGAUGAGGAGGAGGACAUUCGUAACACCAACUCAGCCAUCAGGUACAAAAGGAAAGGGCAGGUAAAGCAAGAGCACGUGGCGGGGGCUGUGGAUGGCCAGCUCUCUGUCCUCCAGCCCAACACUAUCAACGUCCUGGCUGAGAAGUUGAAAGAAUCUCAAAAGGAUCUUUCCAUUCCCCUGUCCAUCAAGACGAGCAGCGGAGGUGCCGCCGUGGCGGGGGUCACCCACUCCCCGCCCUCUCGCAACGAGAGCACAGACUCCGCCUCCGAGAUGGGCAGCGCCUUCAACUCCCCGCUGCGCUCUCCCAUCCGCUCGGCCAACCCCACCCGCCCCUCCAGCCCGGUCACCUCCCACAUUUCCAAGGUGCUCUUUGGCGAGGAGGACGGCCUGCUGCGCGUCGACUGCAUGCGCUACAACCGGGCAGUCAGGGACCUGGGGCCUGUUAUCAGCACUGGGCUGCUGCACCUCACAGAGGACGGCGUGUUCUGCCCGCUAGCUAUUGCAGAUGGGGGGAAAGGCUCCCCGCCUUCCAUCAAACCCGGUGAAGAGGCACAGGUCGCAAUCAAACUGGACGAGAAGGAGGGCAGUGAGGCCAGUGACAGCAAAGAGAAGGAGCUCCUGGCACUGCUGAAGUGUGUGGAGGCAGAGAUUGCAAACUACGAGGCCUGCCUGAAGGAAGAGGUGGAGAAGAGGAAGAAAUUCAAGAUUGACGACCAGAGGAGAACCCACAACUACGACGAGUUCAUCUGUACCUUCAUCUCCAUGCUGGCCCAGGAAGGCAUGCUGGCGAGCCUCGUGGAGCAGAACAUCUCCGUCCGCAGGCGACAGGGAGUCAGCAUCGGCCGUCUGCACAAGCAGAGGAAGCCGGACCGUCGGAAACGCUCCCGCCCGUACAAAGCCAAGCGGCAAUAGCCUGGAAGUCAAGACGAAGAAGAAACAGCUGAGCUUUGUGGCUUUGGGCAGUAGCACUUGGAUCUACGUUACCCUUUUCCCAAGGAAGAGGGACACAGCGACAAGCCCUCGGCUGAGGUAGAGCCUGGGGACAAAGAGGAAUCGGGGUUUUCUUCUGAGCCCAA